GCUGAUACGUGGAUACAGAGCGCACACCCCUACCGGCACAUCUCUCAUACAUACAGACUGCAGUACUGACUGACGGUGUGCUCUGAGAGCCGGGGAGAUGGAGAAUCAGUCUGAGAAAGCCUCGAGUACCGGGCUACUGGACCCAAACCAGGAACCGAGCAAGGGUCGGUCAGGAAAGCACAAGCUUUCAGUGUGCAGUAAGAUAUGCUACGCUGUUGGAGGGGCACCCUAUCAAAUCACUGGCACUGCACUGGGAUUCUUUCUGCAGAUAUUCUUACUUGACGUGGUGCAGAUGGCGCCUUUCCAUGCAUCCAUCAUCCUGUUUGCUGGCCGGGUUUGGGAUGCCAUCACGGACCCCUUGAUUGGAUUCUUCGUUAGUAAAAGCAAAUGGACGGCAAUGGGACGCCUCAUGCCAUGGAUCAUUUUCUCCACUCCCCUAGCUGUGCUCACUUACUUCCUCACUUGGUAUGUGCCUGACAUAGCCAAUGGCCAGAUCUUGUGGUACCUGGUCUUUUACUGUUUUUUCCAGACACUAGUGACGUGUUUCCAUGUUCCAUAUUCUGCACUUACCAUGUUCAUCAGUAAAGAGCAGAGCGACCGGGAUUCUGCCACUGGAUACCGUAUGACAGUGGAGGUCUUGGGCACUGUUUUGGGUACUGCCAUCCAGGGCCAGAUUGUGGGGAGAGUGGAUGCACAUUGCCUACCAAGCCAACUCCUGGGCCAAUUAGAAAAUUCCUCUGUAACUGUGGAAGAUGUUAACAGCACCCACGACAACCAUUCUCUUAAGGGCACUAGGGAUGCUUAUAUGAUUGCUGCUGGAGUGAUAGCUGGCAUUUAUGUGCUCUGCGCUAUCAUACUGUCAAUGGGAGUACGAGAAAAAAGAGAUUCCAGUAAGCUUCUGAAUGACCAGCCAGUUUCCUUUUUUCGUGGACUGAAAUUGGUUAUGAGCCAUGGACCUUACGUUAAACUUGUUACUGCUUUCCUCUUCACCUCAAUGGCCUUCAUGAUGGUAGAAGGAAACUUUGCACUGUUCUUGAAAUAUGCCCUGGGAUUCCGCAAUGACUUCCAGAAUAUCUUGCUGGCUGUAAUGCUCUCUGCCACCCUGGCUGUUCCAUUCUGGCAGUGGUUUCUGACCCGUUUUGGAAAGAAAACUGCUGUCUAUUUUGGGAUCUCGUCUAGUAUCCCUUUCCUUCUGCUGGCUGUCCUAAUGAAGAGUAAUCUUGUCCUUGGCUACGUUGUAGCAGUGGGUGCUGGACUGAGUGUGGCGUCGGCGUUCCUUCUACCGUGGUCCAUGUUACCUGAUGUUAUUGAUGAUUUUGUCCUAAAGAAUCCCGAUUCCCAAGGCCAUGAAGCCAUUUUCUUCUCUUUUUAUGUGUUUUUCACCAAAUUCGCAUCUGGGAUCUCACUUGGGGUCUCCACACUUGGCCUAGACUUUGCUGGCUACCAGACUGCAGGUUGCGAUCAGCCAGAGCAGGUGACCGUGACACUGAAGCUGUUGGUUUGUGCGGUUCCCUUUUUACUGAUACUCGUGGGACUUUUCCUCUUUAAAUUAUAUCCUAUUAAUGAAGAGAGGAGGAGAGCAAACAAGAAGGCACUCCAAGAAAGUGACCAAGAUUCAAGUUCAGACUCCUUGGAAUUGGCAAGCAACGUAUGACCCCAAUUGAGCACUUAAUGAACGUCUACAAGAACACUCUGUAGAGAGUACAGUUGUCUUAAAGGGCUAAGUACUGGCCAUAACUCUCUGUACUGUACAUUUGGGACCAGGAUCCCUCCAGGGGCUUGAGGUGCUCCCACUGGUGCUAUGUGUUUCUGGCACAAACUGAAUGCUGCAAUUCUACUGAAUGGUGAACUAACAUAGGGCUAUUGUAUUAAUGUAACUGUAAAUUUCUCUAGUGGUUUUGAACAUGAGAAUUUCUUCCCACGAUAUGGGGAGCUUAGUUGUCAACACAGUGUGUAGUUUACUUCUGAGAAUGCAUUUAUUUUAUUUAUUAUUAUUAUU